CACGCGUGUGUGAUAACAAGGCGAUAACGCACAAUUCCUGAGGACACAAUAGCAUUGCACAAAUACUGGAAUAAAAUCUGAAGUUUCUUUUACUCUUCUGGAACUCGCAUUUGGUUACCUUGCCGCCGUUACGUGUAUCAUAUGUGUAUGGAAAUGAAAUUUGAAUAUAGAAUACCGAAAAGCUUAUGCUUUUGCUGGUAUAUGGAUAAUUUAUGUCUUGGAAUAUAGCACGACACCAAUCAGUCUGGUAGACGACAAUGUUUACGGUGGACAGACAGUUUUCAGCCCAAGCCACCGUACUUACGCUACUGAGAGUCUACCAGGGGAAAACCGCGGUAGCAACCUCCGGAAGAAACGUAAAGCUAUCCCAUGGAAUAAGGUAGAAGCCAUCCGAUUGAAUCAAAUGAAAGCCAAACAGGGCUGCAUACGACUAAAUUGGGGUAAAACUAUGUCAGAGUCAGAGUCGAGCAAACCGUGGAAGUGAACAUUUGUAGAACCAUAAGAGUGAAUACCCAGUGAAUGUGGUGGGAGGGUGGAGUUUGCUAUACAUGAUCAUGAUCCACUUGGAGCAGAAUGUCACCGACCAAACAAUUUACAAAUCCUCCCAUAUUAACGUAUUUGAACACGACGGGCUUGUACUCGGUAAUAUAUGUACGUAUAUGAAUGUAAUAAACAAUAUGAUAUCACCAUAUUUUCACAUGGAAAUGAAUGAGACGAAGGGGGUGCGAUAAAUUACACGUUAAAUCGACAAAUUAUAUGUUAAAAGUUAAAACUAAAUACCACAAAUACUGUUCUCAAUUCUUGGUAUGUUUAUUUUAAAGAUUGGACUUCCGGUGUAAACAGUAAGAACAACAUGUAAAGCUUAGCCUUAAAUAAUGUAUGCAAUCAGUGUGAUAAGUGUGACUUGGAAUAUGGAAAAUGUAAAAUUUGUGUAAAUAUAAAGGACUUAAAAACCUAAAAGAAGUACGUAUGAAAUUAUGUGUAAUAAAAUAAAAAAAUUGAUAGACAGUAUUAUUCAAAGCUAAAUACACUGGGUGGGGUAUCUUUUGCCCAAAGAUAAAUAUUUUUGAGCCGGUUAGUGCAGGUUUAGCAAGUACCGCUCAUCCACUCAUCCGUCACGCUCUACGUGACAGAAGAUCGUCACGCUUGAAUUAUUAGAUCAUAACUACGAACUAAACAGUGCAACUUAAUGUGUAUGAGCUCCGGCAUUUGCCGUUAUUUAUAAUUAUAAACCUCAAUUGACGCUCAAUUCUGUAAAAAUGAAUACCGGUAAGCGGACACUUUCGUCUACGGCGAGCGAAACUUCUACUAAUACAAGCUUACUGGAAACAUCUGUUUUCGAAAAAAGCGAAACAUCAACUAAAGGUGGCGGUCAAGGCAAAACUUCAAAGAAAAAUUCAAAACCUGACUCCAAAAAACAAAAAACCAUGAGUACAUUCGUCACCAGUAAGCAACAUGAUACAGUCGAUAUAACAAUCGAAAAACGAUUGGACGAAAUUAGCAACAAACUUUCCCGCGUCCUUACAAAGGACGACUCAACCUUUAUUAAAGACAUGAUAAAAGAAACUGUCGAACAGUUGAAAGAGAAGUUGUUGGGUAAUGUUCUACAUCGAAUAGAAAUUAUAGAAAGCGACUUGUUUGAACAAAAACGUGAAAUUACACUGCUCAAAAAUGAAAACGUCGCAAAAACCAAAAUAAUUGAGGAGCUUAAACAGCAAAACGCGCUUUUAGAACAAAAGAAGACCAGUGAUGCAGUAAACUUCGAUGAAUUUGCCAACAACACCGAGCAAUAUAGUCGACGUAACAACCUGAGAAUUGCCGGUGUGCCGGAAGACCAGGACCAUCAAUCCUCGGUUUGGGUGACUGAUAAAGUCGCUGCUCUGGUCAAUUCUCAUCUGGGUAUCUCCAUCCAACCCACUGACAUAGAUAUAGCCCAUAGGUUGGGAAAAUUCAAACCAGGUUCAAACCGACCAGUUAUUGUUAGAUUUAUAAGACGUCAAACAAAGAUAGACAUUCUGCGUAAAGCUAAAUUAUUUAAAGGGUCAAGCAUCUUUGCGAAUGAAGACCUCACCAAACUAAACGCAGAGGUGCUGGCAUCCGUCCGACUUAAGCAACCGAACGCCGUCGAAAGAGCUUGGUCAUUCGAGGGGAAAAUAUUUGCGGUUUUUAAAGGCAACGAACAUGCUACGCAGAUUAAAUACCCAGAAUUCAAAAGCUGGUUGGACAAGCCAUGGCCCAAAAAGUCCUAUUCUGAGACGGUAGGAAACCCUGCUCGUGCAAGAACCAGAGUGGCAUCAAACAAGUGAACAUAUUUUGUAAAAACAGUAUACAGUGUAUAUAAGAACAUUUAUUUCAAUUACACGGCUGUACAAACUGCGCUAGUAUUUUGUGUUAAUGGCCAUUUGUCUCUCAGCUUUCACAACUUAAAUCUUCCUUAAUUAAUAUCUAAUAUAGCAAUAUUAAUAUAUUCUAGACACCAUUAAUUAAAAAAUAGAAUAGUAUGAUAUAAAUGAAACACCACCUCUUCAUAUCAAUAUUCGUAAUUUUUCCGGCUAUGCUCAUGGAUUUGGAAGGUUUUCUUCUAUCACGGUUACGUCCCUUUGAUCAAAUGCAUCAUUAAUUCUCUACGUAAAUACGACUGCAUGUAGUAUAUCAAUAAUUAAAUAUAGCGUUUUAUGUAAAAUGGUUUCUCCAUACAGAGGUUUACUUUUGAACCAAGAUGUUGCCUAUCCUUUUCAUGUUUGUUAUGUUUUGGCUUUGACCCUUUCAAGCUGGCUCACUAGAAAUAUUAUUGUUCCAAUGUGAAAAUGUACACAAGUCUUACGAUAUGAUUUUCAUGUCAGUGUGCUCAAGUUUGUGUUUUUGUACAUAGCAUGUAAUACAACUCUAGUGCUUAUUUAAAUUUUCUUGUUUUCCCAUACAGUACAUUUUACUAUAAUAUAGCUGCUAACCUUCUGUUUUUGUGUAUACUUGUGUUUGCUGAUGUUCAUAAAUAUGCACAUGAACUAUUCAUUUAUGUCUGCCACUAAUGCAAAAUUAAAUACUCUUUUUUCAAUUCAGUAAUUAUUACUAUAACCUAGUUGC